GGCUGCUUUUCUCGCUGAUAGCUGUUGAAGAGUGGCUAUUGUUCGUGUGUUGUGCCUUUGUGGAUUUUACCGCUGUUUUAUUUGGAUUAACCAUUUUUGUCAGUUUGACUUAUGAGCACAGUACUGUAAAGUCAUAAUGUUGAAGUUUAUGAGAGGUAAAGGGCACCAUCUGAGUGCAGAAAGGGUUAAAUUAAAUAAAGAACUAUUUUCUUUCCAAAAGACUGUUCUACAUGGAUUUCCUCAUAGACCAAGUGCACUUGCAUGGGAUCCUAAACUACAACUUCUAGCUAUUGGUACUAAAUUGGGCUCAAUCAGAAUAUAUGGAGCUGCUGGUGUGGAAUUUGAAGGCAAACACAAGGAAGAAACAUGUGUUAUGGAACUGUUCUUUUUACCAGGACAGGGUAGAUUGAUCAGUCAGUGUGAUAACAGUUCUUUGCAUCUUUUCGAACUGAAUGAAAAAGAUGGAAAAUGGGUUUUAGAAGAAGUUAAGUCAUGCUCAUUUAAAGAAAGGUUGAAAAAGAUCACUACAUGUUGUCUUCCAGCAAGUGGUGAAAACCUUUUAAUUGGAACUGAUGGGGGAAAUAUUUACCUUCUGGAUGUAAAGUCUUUUGAGAUGACCGACCAUAUAAUUUAUCAAGAUAUUGUAAUCCAAAAUGUUCCCGAUGAUUACAAGUUGAAUCCUGGCUCGGUUGAAGCCAUUGCUGAGCAUCCUUUAAAUAGAGAUAAAAUAAUCAUUGGAUAUAACAGAGGUUUAAUGGUUUUGUGGGACAAUAAAACAUUGAACUCUGAAAAUACUUACAUUGGAAAUCAGCAAUUGGAAUCUGUUUCAUGGCAUCGUAGUGGAACCAAGUUCAUGAGCUCUCAUAAUGAUGGCAGCUAUGUAGUAUGGAGUUCAACAGAUUCCUCCAAACCAGAAGAAUCGCCAGUGCCCUCCUUAGGCCCUUUUCCUUGCAAGGCUAUAAACAAGGUUCUUUGGAGAGCUGUUAAGGGAGGUGAUGACUUCACCAUAUUCUCUGGUGGCAUGCCCCGAGCAAGUUUUGGUGAUAAGCAUACUGUUACAGUUAUGUGCGGUGAUAAGCAUCAAGUUUUGGAUUUUACAUCAAAAGUGGUAGAUUUCUUCACAAUCUGUCAUGGAGAUGAAGAGUCUGAAUAUGAUAAUCCUCACACCCUUGUUGUUCUGGCUGAGGAAGAAAUUGUUGUCAUAGACCUUGAAUCUGAUGAUUGGUUACCAUUUCGCCUUCCCUUUUUACAUAGUUUACAUUUAUCUUCUAUAACUUGCACUCAACACUGUUAUGAUGUACCACAAUCUCUCUGGAACAAUAUCAUCACAUCUGGAAAUAAGCAAGUUUCUUCCAAGUACACUGAAAAAGAGUGGCCAAUACUCGGUGGUGUUAAUUCAGCUGAAGAGCCAACUGUUCAUAAUCUUCUACUCACUGGUCAUGAAGAUGGUUCUGUCCGAUUUUGGGAUGCAUCUGGUAUUGCACUUUCUCAUCUUUAUACUAUUCAUACGUCUCAUCUCUUUGUUGGUGAGGAUGGUGAACCUGCUGCUGAGGAAGAGGAAUGGCCUCCUUUCCGUAAGGUUGGAAAUUUUGAUCCUUACAGUGACGACCCAAGGCUUGCUGUGAAAAAAAUUUACCUUGAUGUUUUCUCAAAGACUCUUGUAGUUGCUGGCACAGCUGGACAAAUUGUCCUUUUUGAAAUGAAAGAGGAAGAAGUUGAAAAAGAACUUGAGGCACAUUCUGUGAAUAUAGUUAGUGACAGAGAUAACUUUGUAUGGAAAGGCCAUGAUCAAUUAUCUCUGAAGCAAGGAAAUCUGAAAUUUGAUUCUGGUUUUAUUCCAUCAGUGAUUGAGCAGUUAACCCCUCCUGCUGCUGUUACUGCAUUAGCUGUGAAUGCUGAAUGGGGCCUAAUAUCUGCUGGUACAGCUCAUGGCUUUGCUUUGUUUGACUACAUACAGAAAAAAGCUGUGAUGUCUAAAUGUACUUUAAAUCCUAAUGAUUUGGUAGCUAUUGGUGAUGCAGCUAUGUCUCGUAAAAAGUCUUUUAAAAAGUCCCUCAGGCAGUCUUUCCGUAGACUUCGUAAAGGUCGUUCUCAACGCAACAAGAGGGACAAAACUCCUACGAGAUCAGGCAGUGAAGAAGUAAAAUCGAGUAGCCCUGCGAGAGAAACUCAAACUGAGACAGAUGCCACUUCUCCUGUUCAAGAUACAAAACCUGUUGAAAGGCAGGUGGAAGCUCGGUCUGCAGAGGAUAGCAUGGGCUCCAUGGUUCGAUGCCUUUAUCUAGCUCAAAGUUUCAUCAUAAACAAUGCUUUGACAACUUCCACAUUAUGGGCUGGAACAAAUGCCGGUGCAAUUUACGUGUUUACCGUUUCACUACCAAAAGAAAAUCGAGAAACUGAAGCAGUGACUUGUCAGUUAGGUAAAGAGAUUCAGUUGAAGCAUAGGGCCCCAGUAAUAGCUAUUCAAAUCCUUGAUGGCCUAGGCCAUCCUCUGCCUGAGCCAUAUGAAGUUGAAAAUGAGAGAGCCAAGGCAGCUGAUCUUAAUGGAAGCCAUAGGGUUAUCAUUUGUUCUGAAGAACAGUUCAAAGUGUUUACAUUGCCAAGUUUGAAACCUUUCUGCAAGUUCAAAUUAACUGCAAAUGAAGGAUCAAGAGUAAGGAAAGUAGCAAUGAUAAAAUUCACUAGCAAAAAUGAUGAGAACCACACUGAAGAUUGUAUGACAUGUUUGACAAAUCAAGGUGAAAUCAGCAUUUUUACAGUCCCAGAUCUCAGGAGGCAGCAAGUUCACAAUGUAUUGAAAAGGGAAGAUAUUAAUGGCAUUUCGAGUGUUGUCUUCACAAAAACAGGACAAGCAUUCUAUUUACAUUCUCCGUGUGAAUUCCAACGGUUCACUUUGUCUGCUCGCGACAUCUUAGAAGUGAAAGCGAAGAUCGAACUUCCUGAAGGAUCGAGGCCUCCUCUUGCUGUAACAGAAAAUGAAAAGGUAGAAGAGCAAAAGGAAGAAACUGUGGUUGCCAAUAAUAUUGAAGAAAGUGCAGAGAAAGCUAUUGAUGUUUCUGAAGAGGCAGCUGGAGAUAAACCUAAAGAUGAUGAGAAAAUGGAUACCUCUGAAAAACUCGAAACAAAUGUAUCCCAAGACGAGAGCAAAGGCGAAUUAGAUGUAACUGUUGACAGUGUAAAAGAUCACUUGGCGAAUCUUUGUACAGAAGGUUUAACUACUGUGGUUGAAAAAGCUGAAUCUUCUAAGGUUGUUCAAGAAACUGUUACUAAAGUUUCCUCAGUUGUCGUCUCAACAAAAGAAACUAUUGUGAAUGCUAAGGAGUCUGUUGUGAGUACAUCGGAAAAUGCUAAAGAAACCAUUAUUAAUUCUACAGAAAAUGCAAGAGAAGCAUUUCUGAAUGCUACAGAAAAUGCUAAAGGAAUGUUUACGAGCGCCAAAAGCAGUGCUAAAGAAACCAUAAUCAGCACAAAAGAGACUGUUGUCAAUUCAACAUCAAAUGAAUAAAGCUCCCACUGCAAAUCUGGAGGAAUUUAACUGUGUGGAUGAAGAUGGUGCUUAAAAAGUGCUGUGAAUGAACCGAUUUAAACAUGCAUUGUAUUUUCCAUCCAGAUUGCCUUGUUAUCCUCGGCAAUUGAAAUUUACUGUGCUCAAUGGGAACGAUUGUGAUAAUUGUGCGGGAAUGUGGAUUUAUAUAUUUUUAUACCUAGUAUUGUGUAGUCCUCAGUGUUGGGCGAUUGUUUUGCAUUGUGAGGAGUUUUUAAAAAUGUUUUUGCAUUUUUAAUCCUUUCACAUGCUAAAUCUUUACAUUCAAAGCAAAUAUCUUCUGAAGCCAGCUUUCAGAACUAAUUUGCAGCUUUAUCGUCUACAUCCGUUGGUCGGUGCGGUUUUAAAAAAACUCCCACUGAGCCACUUUUCAUAAUUUAUGAUCGUUCAGCAGCUGUCCUAUUUUAAAGUUGUGCUUAUAUUUCGAUUUUUAUCCUUCAUUUUUAAUGAAAUACUUCGAAUUUAUGUAUGUUUGUCAGUUUUGUAAUGAAUUAGUUUCUAUUGUUACAUUAAAUUCUUUUCACUGGUGGUGGAUUACCAGUGAGAUUUUAAAUAACUAAUUUGGAAUUUGGAAAAGUAUUAUACAAUCAAAAUUUUAUGUGCCUUAACCCUCCUCACUUCAAAAAAAGGCACUCCAGGGUCUAUUUUAUAAAAAUCUUGGUGUUAACUGAUUUUAUACCUUUAUGCUCUUGUAAAUUUAAAUUUAGAUGAAUUAACUUGUUAUCAUGGAAGUUUAGAUUAUUGGAUUUAAAGUAUAUUUCAUGAAUUAUUAGCCCUGUACUGUUUGUUUAGAGCAUUUUCAAACUUUGUUAACAUGCAAAUUGGCCUUAAUGAUUAUUGCGUCCAUAUUUCAUAUUUUUUGUAAAAAUGCAUUUGUUUUGUUUAAGAUGCAAUUGAAGUUACUGAAUUUUUAAUUUGUAAUAUAAGACAUAAUAAAUUUUGUGGCAUCUAA